GACGGUAACUAUGGAAACGGGGCCUAGUGCCUGCCCCCGAGCCAGGGUUCGAGGCCCGAAAGCCUUCUACGUCCCCCGAGCCCGUAGCUCUUCGCCUGUUGGGCCCCUGAGUGGGAGGAAGCGGGAGCCCCCUUGUUAGGUCCUCCUUCGCCCUGCUUGAAGCCCUAGAAAACUGGCACUCUUAUCAUGCCUCCUGGGAAGGUAGUCAAUAAGGAAACUUUGGUUCUGCAGUGUGAAUGGGAGAUGUGCAGCUUUGUAGCCUCAAAGAUGGAGGAGUACUGUGAACACGUGUCAAAGCAUUUGCAGCAGCAUCUCCAUGGCAAAGAUGAGGACGAUGAGGUGGAUUCUCUUGAAGAGUACACCUGCCUCUGGCAAGAGUGUGGGUUCUGUUCUCCUGAGAGCCCUGCAGAGCUGGUCCGCCACGUUUACUUCCACUGUUACCACACCAAGCUGAAGCAGUGGGGACUCCAUGCCUUACAGAGCCAGUCAGACUUGACUCCCUGUCAGCUGGACUUUCAGAGCCGGAACAUUAUCCCUGAGAUCCAGGAGAAUUUCCUCUGCCUCUGGGAGUACUGUGAGCGUGCUUUUGAUAACCCCGAGUGGUUCUACAGGCAUGUGGAGGAUCACAGCUUCUGCACAGAGUACAAGGCAGUUGGGAAGGAGAAUCACAUGGUCUUCUGUGGCUGGAAAGAUUGUGACUGCACUUUCAAAGGCCGGUGUAAGUUGCGUGAACACCUACGCAGCCACACACAGGAGAAGGUGGUCGCUUGUCCAACCUGUGGUGGGAUGUUCUCCAAUAACACCAAGUUCUUUGACCACAUUCGCCGGCAGACUGCUUUGGAACAACAGCGCUUCCAGUGCUCCCACUGCUCCAAGAGGUUUGCCACAGAGAGGUUGUUGCGUGACCAUAUGAGGAACCACGUGAACCACUACAAGUGCCCCCUGUGCGACAUGACCUGCCCUCUGCCCUCCUCUCUGCGCAACCACAUCCGCUUCCGGCACAGCGAGGAGCGGCCCUUCAAGUGCAAUUACUGUGACCACAGCUGUAAGAAUCUCAUUGAUCUACGAAAGCACUUGGAUACACACAGCAAAGAGCCGGCCUACCGCUGUGAGUUUGAGACCUGCAACUUCAGUGCCCGGUCCCUCUGCUCCAUCAAACUGCACUACAAGAAGGUUCACGAGGGCGACUCAGAGCCCCGCUACAAAUGCCACGUCUGUGACAAAUGCUUCACACGCGGGAACAAUCUGACCGUGCAUCUCAGGAAAAAGCACCAGUUCAAGUGGCCUUCGGGUCACCCUCGCUUCAGGUACAAGGAACACGAAGACGGCUACAUGCGGCUACAGCUGGUGCGCUAUGAAAGCGUAGAGCUGACAGAGCAGCUGCUCAAGGACCGGGAGAAGCAGGGUGAGGUGCUGGACGACUCAGCCCAGUGCGUGGUGCUGGCGGGGGCCGAGGGCAGCCUGCAAGGAAUCAUCCUUGAGCCGCCGACGGAGGAGACUGUCGACGUGGACUUGCAAGCGGCUGUGCCUCCCCAGGGCUCUGCUCAGCAAGAGGCCGACGCAUCCUCAGACCGGGAGCUGAGCGCACCGCCCAGCCCCAUCAUCCGCGUCGUGAACAGGACCAAUGAGCGCGGGGAGAGCGAGACGGUGUACUACGUUAUGGCCAACGCACCUUUGGAGAGUCGGGCGGUCGCGCCAAGCGGGUUUGCCGCUGAGUCCGAGGAGAACGUCAUGGACAGGCUUCAGAAGACAGCCGAGGAGCUGGGCAUUCAGAUUGUGUGAGGCUCCGGCCCGCGGAUCGAACUCCGGCCCCCCGGCCCUAGGGGCGGUUUGGGAGGGCAAGUGCCCUGCUCUUGGUGCCUGUGCUUCCCUUUAUGCACGUCACGAGGACCGAAGGCAGUCAGCUGGUGCUACCUGGGAAAGGGAAGAGUUUCCUCCAGCAGCGCUUCACAGGCCCCAGGUUCCACACCGAUGUCCCCUUGCCCCUGGGGUCUGAUGGUGCCUGGUCUGGCAAAGCGAAGGAGGAGGGAGCCCCAGAGGGGAGGGGAGGGACGGGUUCACCCGACAGUUGUGUGGGAAGGUGAAGACGACUGCUGUGCCCGAGUUGCAUUGUGCUGUGGAACCAUUGUGCUGUGUAGCCCGUUUUGGGACGACCCUUACGCUGCCUGCCUUGGAUGAGUCCAGUGUCCUGCCAGAAAUGUUUCUCUUUUCUUUGUCUUCGGCCAGCCUCCUUCCUUGCCAUUUGCGCCACGCUCAGACUCGGUUGUUCCUCUGCCGCAGGCCUAGCUGCCCAUCCCCUGGCCUUUUGAGGUCUUGUUGGCCUUCAGCCAGGCCCUUUCGGCUAUCACAUUCCCCCUACAUAGGCAGCGACACCGGACCCACUCACUGUACCUCUGUUCCUUCCAGACUAUUCGGCAUUCUAGUCCCAGAACUGAUUUCUCAUUGGCUCUCCUGUCCCCUGUGAGUGAAGAGCCUGAAAACACGAGAGCCUUGUUGUUUCCAGUUGCUACCCCGCCGUUUGUUGCUUCCUGCUUUUUCUGGGCUAAGCCUUCCCCACUUCCCUGCGUGAAUCUUUGUGGUCUGGGAGCCAUAUGGGCAAUGUGGAAAGCUGUGGGCCUUGUGGGGGAAACCCACUCUGUGCCUCCUCCCACAUUCCCCAAGCAGUGUGGAGAAGAAUGUGCCACAGGGACUCCCACACCCUAAAGAGACUGAGGAAAAAGGGGAGCCGGUUCUCGCCCAGGGGUCUUUCCCCCACAUUGGGGGUUCCAGCUCCUGGCUUGCAAGGUUUGUGUUGCGACGAAAAUAUUAAUUAAAACUAAACCACAACCAAGUCUUGUGUUGGGCGUGACGUUUCUUUCCACUUACCUUGGAGGUGUGAGUGACUGGGUCCGAUACGAUCCACGUGACAUUUCAAGAGGCCAAGUUAUAUUUGAG